AAAACCUGCCAUACCCUUGUUUUAUACAGUCAGCAACACGCACCUACCAGCAUCUCUCUCUCUUGCUUCCUUUCUCUGUGGGACGUUCAGUUCUUCAAGUGAAUAAGGACACAAAACCUAAUAUCUUACAGGAAAAAUGAAACUCCUUCGAAAUGUACAUAACUUUAUGCUCGUGUUGGCUGGCCUCUCAAUAAUUGGACUUAUUUAUUUUGGCUACACCUCCAACUCCAUCUCAACCAGAAAUAAAGAGGAAAGAUCCUGCUUUAAACCCCAAAAAGAGCACCAGUUGCAAUCACCACAUGGGCUUUCUUACAGCCAGCCCAGUGCAGUCGGCCCAGAUGGUAAAGUUGUUCCCUUGGCACCAUGGUUGGCCCCAGUUGUGCAGGAAGGAACUUUUGAUCCCAUAUUGAUUGAUUCAAUCUACAAACAACAAAACAUAACCAUAGCAACUACAGUCUUCGCUGUUGGAAAGUAUACACGGUUUCUUAAAGAUUUCCUGGAGUCUGCCGAGCAGAAUUACUUUGUUGGAUUCCGUGUGCAUUAUUAUGUGUUCACUGAUCACCCAGAACAGGUUCCUGAAGUGAAACUGAGUGAAGAACAUCAUUUGACGGUGUUGACAGUCCCUAGUUCUAACAGGUGGCAGGAUAUCAGUUUGAGCCGGAUGGCGAGACUGGAGAAACUGAUUGAGAGUCGACUUUUUAAUGAAGCCGACUAUAUUUUCAGCCUUGAUGUGGAUUCAAAGUUUUAUGGUCGCUGGGGGGUGGAGACUUUGAGUCCUCUGGUAGGUGUCAUACAUGCAUGGUUUUAUGGUGAGCCUCGUAACAAAUUCACAUAUGAACGCCGACCAGAGUCUCAAGCUUUCAUUCCUUCUAAUGAGGGUGAUUAUUAUUAUGGCGGGGCUGUGAUCGGUGGUUUAGUGAAAAACGUAUAUCGGCUUGUUAAAACCUGCCGGGAGCAGCUGGAAAUUGAUGCAUCUAAAUCCAUUGAGGCAGUAUGGCAGGAGGAGUCUCAUUUGAACAAGUACUUCCUUUAUAACAAACCCAGUAAACUGCUUUCACCCGAGUAUCUGUGGGAUGACACAAAAUCUAAACCAGACCAGAUCAAAAUCAUUCGCUUCUCUCAAAUUAUCAAAAACUAUAAAGAAAUUCGUCCAAACCCUUAGCUUAAACACACAUAAAGACAAAACAUGCCAAAUAUUUUUCCCAACAUUUUGCUUCCUGAUGGAUGAUAUAUAAAUAUUAUCAGACUUAUGUUAUUGCUUCAUUAAAGUUAUGUAGGUUAAGAACGUUUUUUUCUUGGUUACUGUUAACGUUAAAAGGAAAAUUCCAUUCAAUCUUUUUGAAAAUGUAAAAUCAUAAGCGAUUAAUUUCUUACAGCCACAGGUAUGGAUUUCAAUAACAGGAUUUUUAAGAUCCAAAAACUGUGCUGGAACAUUUGUCCAGAGUGUUUACAGUUUCUAAUUGCAUUAAAUAUUAAAGUGCUUCAAAAAUCGCUCCGUCAGUCUAUCCAUAAACACAGACUUCUACUUUCCAGAACGCUCCCUGCAGGUUAUUUUUAGUUUUUUAAUAACAUUGAAAAAAAAAUGGACGUUUUAAAAAUAUUCAUAAAUAAUGUUUUCAUAAUAUGCGAAUAUCAGAAAAACAUUCUAAGAACAUAUUUUUGUUUUCUUGGAAUGUUGUUCAAAGAAUGUUUUCUCAGUCAAGUACAAAUAACAUCACAAAUACGUUCCAAGAACAUUGUUCUAAGAACAUUUUCACUCAAGGUUACGAGAAUGUAUUUUAAGUAUGAAAACAAUAUAAUACUAUAAUAAUAAUUAAACCAUUAUUUUAGGAACAUUUGUUUUGUUUAGCUGAGUUACUAAGCUCAAAUGCUGGUUAAAACGCAAACAGCACUUGCAUAGGUGAAGGGGAAGGGACUUUGCAUCUAAAAAAGAACUGGUGAAAGAUAUGUGUGCUUUUCUAUU